GUAUUGUAAAAAAAAUUACGCGGCUUUCACAGUUGCUUUUUUCCCCCGAAAGUGGGCAGCUCUGAUGUUCUCCCGCACGUUUACGGGAAAAAAAGCACCACGAGAGAGGACAGGGAGGAAUUACCCACUUGUCAACACAAUUUAAGAGUAAGAGGAAGACGGAAGAUCAUUCCCAGAAUCAAGAGAUCAAGUAAGGUGAUAACUAUCGUUAUCGACAUCAGGGGAAUUCGAAAAGAGACCAUCACACCAGUACAUAGCGGAAAACAAAAGUAUACGGAGGCCUUCAUGAGUAAUUCAGAAACUCUUCACGUGUUGAUGAGUGCAGACCAGGGAGUCUCAGGAGGGCUCUAGUCACAGAUUCAAGCUCCCUUGUUUCUUCAGUGACAUGAAGACUUAAGUCUAGUAAAAGCCUCUCCAAGAGUCGUAGCACCAAACAAUAUUGUGUCUUCAUUACUCGAUGGUUAUGAUGGUCUGUUGAAUCACAGACAAAGCUGAAAAAGUUUUUGUCAAUUACAGCUAAUCCCAGGAGUCAGACUCAAUCGCAGACCACAGAGCAGGCAUCAACGACCUUAUAGUUGUGGCCGAGCCGACAGAGAGUGGCAUUCGUCAACUUUUUAAAAUUGUAAAUCUCUUAAUCUUGCAAUGUGAAGUGCCAUAUGAGCCUCGAAAGGUGCUUUGAGAAGUUAAUUCUUCACCUUUGAUAAAAGCUGUGACUGUGUAGUAGUGUAGUGUGGGUUCUGAGAAUAAGUCGGUAAGGUGUAUGGAAACACUUGUCUUACACAAACACGAUCACUGUUGUUCACUCCCUACCACCAAUGGAUACUUCUGGCAACCUCACUUUGGAUCCUUCCAUGAAAGAUCUGAACGGACGCCAAAUGGUGUCCAGUAGUACCGAAAUCUUGUCAGACACGAGCAGCAAGUUUUGUAUGGAGAAGAAAAUUGAUGGAGGAAAUGUAUCAUUCAAAGCACAAUCAUCAAAUGAGAGUAAUGGCAGUAAUGUUACGACAUGUCCUUGUCCGGACUCAUCUCGCCAAGGUCCCUCAAAUUCAGAUUGUAUGGAAAGUUCAUCUUCUAGGUGCACAGUGAAUGAGGAGAAAGGAUACAUUCCUUUAGUCACUGCUAGCAAACAACACCCAAACAUUCCCGUGUCAGAGAUCGGUUUGAUAGCUACAACCAGAGCUCUUGAGGCACAGCAUGGAGAAGUGUCUGAGAAGACUGGUAUUUGUGUCACCAUGUGCAAAAAGUCUGCUCCGUCCUCUCUUGUAAAAAAUAGUUCUGACAGGCCACUUUCAGGUGUUCAUAAGAAACCAUAUCAAACUGUCAAUCAAAUUUUUGGUCAGAAAUUUCUAAGAAGCGCAGAGCUUUAUCGGGAGCAGAGAAAGUGUCGACAGGCUAAAGGUUUGGAAAAGCAGGGCAGUAGUCAAAGAAAUGUGAUAAACAGGACUGACCCUCCAAAAAAGGGAAACCUAGGAAAGUUUAUAAGUCGGAAGGAAAGCCUCUCCCAAGGGAAGGUUUCUAUGGGGAAGUCAGAGUCUAGAACUGGCCACCAACCAUCAGGGGUCAAACAAAAGCCGCCCUCCCUGCCACGUGGAGAAGACAGCAGCAAAGCUGUCGGCAUGCAUUUGAGUUUAAGUACACAAACUAGGUCCAGGGAACAAUCAAAGGAGGAAACUUGUGCACUGAGACAGACGAAGACUAAACCAAAAAGCAAUCGGUCUGAAAGGGAGGAAACUGCUUCAGGAAGGAAGAGUGUCAGAACUCGGAAAUGUCAAGAUGAGGCUGAGGAGAACUUAACCCAACAGGGGGAAAAAGGUAGCUGUAGUAAGGAAAGAAAAUUAUAUGUUGUGCAAAGCGAGAAGUCAGAAAAAUGUAGUUCGGAGGAAGCCACAGCGAAAAGAGAGGAGCCCCGACUUCAUGAAAAACUGGUUAAUGUCAAUACUCAGCCUGGGGAACAAAUACUCAAUAACAAUGAUGAUAACGGGGAAAAACAACGUCAGUGCAGGGCUAACAAAUUGACACAAAAGAAUUUUAGACCUGGGAAACAAAGAACUUACAAAGAGCUUGGGAUGUCGUCAAAACGAGCUAGGCACUUGAAGAGACUGCAUAAACUGAAUAAAGAGAGGUUUUAUCAAAGGAACUGUGUGCAAAAGCUUCGAUCAUCAUCUCUUCCAAAGACAGAGAAGUCAGAGUCUUCCAGUAAUGCAGAGAGAACUUUUCGCAGAAAACCGCUUCGUUCUGCUUCAAGAAAUUCCGCGGUUUUGACUUUAAAAAGGAAAACAGCUGAACGUGCUGAGACAACUGCAGCGAAAGUUAGGAAGCCAACAGAUCAAUCAAAGACUCAUUCAAAUCAAGAUAAAGAAAUCCAUAAAAAGAAAUAUAAGAUGAAGUAUCUCAGUAAAAUGUGCACAAAAUAUGAAAUGAUUGAGCCUGUUUACCGUAAGUUUGAUUCACAAAUUACUUUGGACCCUAGUAUUGAGCUGGAGAGAGACUUGGAUGAGUUUGGGACGUACAGUCUCUACCACAGCCCACCACCUGCUGCUACUGGUGAUGAAUUCUUUGGUGAUGACCACAGACAUGGUGGUCACUCUGUGAGGCCGAAGCGUGGGCCUCUCACUAAGCCUGGUUCCCCUUGUAAUGGACAACAACCCAUCUCUCUGUUCUACUAUAAGCCGUGUGAGCGGAACACCUGUGACCUGACCCACCGUUGUUGUCGGUCACGACUUACUCUAAAGGUGGACAGCUCCACCCAGUGGGAGGAUCCGGAUGAGCUAAUGAAGCUUGCCGAGCGAAAUACCUUCCUUCGCAGACGUAAACAAUGAAGGACUUUAAUACAGAUAAAGCGGAAAAAUAUAAAAACAUGCAUUCGAUUUGCAAAUAGAUACUGUGUUUCCUAGAAAGGCAUCCGCAGAUAUUGUGUAGAUGAAGGGUCAUAAUGUAAAAUACUGUCCCCGUGGUUUUAUGCAAGAAAAAUUAGGAAAUUAUGCAAACUGAGCCCAAAAAUGUGAAAUUAUAAUGUGAUUCUGAUAAUUUUAACAAAGAAUGAUAAAGGAAAAUAAUUAGAAAUGAAGCAAAUUGAUCAAAUUUGGUUAAAUUAUGCAGAGUGCAUAAAACCACGAGGAUAGAAAAUACAAUGCUUUACUUGUAUGGACUGUUGCCUGUGUUUUGCUCACUGUACAGUUGUUGUCAUUGUAACUUUACCACCAAAAAUUUGAUUUGACGGCUUUCUUAAUUUGAACUGAAUACAGGUAUGUGCUUCCUAAGUACAGCUAUAUGAGUGAAAGUGUGUGGCUAUUAAUUACAUGUUGUGUGCAUGUCAAAGAUUGGUCCUAGAUUGACAGUCUCAUACUGGAAAGACAUUGCGCUUUACCUGAUGAUGAAGAGACAGUGUUUUUAUUGGCAGCUGCUCUGGGAUAUUUUGCCCGUCUUGUGAGUUUGCGUCAGAGUAUUUCCAUGAAAUCAUAUCUGCAGGUAUAUUUUUAUACAGUGCAACACGGAUAGCUCGAAUUUGUCGAGACUGGCCUCGGUAGUCCAAGGGAUUCCCAGUUCAAGGAAUAUCUUAAAAAGAUAAAGAAGAAGAAAAAAUGGGACCAUAGGCACAGUUCGAUGGAUGCGUGAUUUAGAGUCUUCUGUGUUCGACCUAUACAUGUUUAAACUAUGGCAGACAACGAAAGCCAGAAAAAA